CAGGGAGCGAGUUUCAGCCAGUCCGUGACGUCCCAGGCAUCAACCUCGACCAGGCUGCGGCUUGCUUUGUUGCUUGGGUUUUCCUUCUUACCUUGCUUUUUGUGAGAACCCCUUCGUACUUGGGGUCGCUUUCCAGGGCCAUGAAGGUGGCUCUGCCCAAGGACCUGAAGCAGGACUCCGAGCUGGCCAAGAGGUCACAUGCGGAACUGUGCCGGCAACAGCGGGUCUUCAAUGCCAGGAACAGGAUCCUCGGGGGAGACACACAAGUCUGGGACGUUCAGGUUCGUGACCAGAGGAUAAAAGAAGCAACGGAAAAAGCUAGGCACGAAACCUUCGCUGCCGAAUUGAGGCAAAAUGACAAAAUCAGGUGCAUAUUAGAAAACCGAGAGAAGAGAGAUAAGAAGUGUCUCUGCAGAGCUAUUAACGACUUCCAGCAGAACUGUCAGAAGCCAGAAACUCGCCGAGAAUUCGAUCUGUCUGACCCGCUAGCCCUUAGGAAGGAGCUUCCAGCCCGGCAGUCGGACAGUGACUUCCGGAACACAGUAUCAGGGAUGCAGAAGUUUAUGGGUGAAGACUUAAACUUCUGGGAGAGGAAGAAAUUCCAGGAAGAGCAGAUGAGAGAAUGGUCCCUCCAACAGCACAGGGAGUGGGAGAAGGCCCGUGCUGACCAAAACUUUGCAGAGGACUGCCACACGCAGACCAGGCUGAAGUUUGAUGAGACAGCCAGAGACCUACAGAAGCUGGAAAGCACCACCAGGAAGGCUGUCUGUGCAGCUGUGAAGGAGUUCAACAAGAACCAGGCUGUUGAGUCAGCGGAAAGGAGAAAACAAGAGAAAAGACAAGAGCAGGAAGACAACAUGGCGGAGAUCUCCAACUUGCUGCGGGGCAACCUGCUCUCUGAGAACCCGCAGCAGGCAGCCAGCUCCUUGGGGCCACACCGUGUGGUCCCUGACCGCUGGAAGGGCAUGAGCCAGGAGCAGCUGGAGGGCAUCCGCCUGGCCCAGAAGCAGCAGAUCCAGGAGAAGCUGCGGCUACAGGAAGAAGCGCGCCAGCGGGACCUGGACUGCGACCGGCGGCGGGUGCAGAGGGCUCGUGAGGAGGUGCUGGGUGAGCGGCGGCAGCAGCGGCAGCGGCGCGAGCAGCGCAGGGCCCUGGACUGCAGCAACCUGCGCCUGGCGGAGGAGCAGCGCCUGCAGAAAAAAUAUAUGAAUGCGAUCUGUGCAAAUUCACCCACAGAGGAUUAUUUUGCUCAGUUUAAUACAAGAAGUCGAUAAUGCAAACGAUACCCUCAGUUUAUGAAUAAAGUGUGGCCACCUCGAAGUGUCUCCUCUCUUCUUUUCCUUCUUUUUUGCCUCCUUUCUUUUAAAAAAGAGGCACCCCUUGGUCUACAAGUGCCCUCCAACCUUCAUUGCCCACAGCGCGCUGGGCACAGGGAGCCUUUCCCUUGUGUUUCUGUCUCUCUGGGCUCUGGGAAGGUCAGACAUGGGGGAGGCAGGGCCCCCAAGGGACCAUCCUAGAGGGAAAUGGCACCCAGGAUGGACCCAGGUGCCCCUUGGCCCCAAGAACCACUCCUAA